GUGAAUUUAACCAUGGUGAAUGUUCCGAAACAGCGCCGCACAUUUUGCAAGGGCAAAAAAUGCAACAAGCACACAGUCCACAAAGUGACACAGUACAAGGCAGGGAAAGCAUCACUGUACGCACAAGGUAAAAGACGUUACGACCGGAAACAGAGUGGUUACGGUGGGCAGUCUAAGCCUGUGUUCAGAAAGAAGGCCAAGACCACAAAAAAGAUUGUGCUGCGUAUGGAAUGUACAGAAUGCAAAUACAGAAAACAGCUUCCCAUCAAGCGAUGCAAACACUUCGAGUUAGGAGGUGAUAAGAAGAGAAAGGGCCAGAUGAUCAUGUUCUAG